ACAUGCUCAAGAUUUCUGGGCUCUCUCGACCAGCGCCAUGCCUGAGCAUGAGGCUGCGGGCGCCUCAGAGUCACCCAGGGUCCAACAAACUUCAGGCAGAACUUCUGGGAAAAGCAGGCGCUUCACCAUGGCUUCCGCAACCUCCCAGGCAAUGCUGCAGCGGCCGACACUGCUGAAUCAGCAGGUUACCUCCUCCCUCGCCUCCGGGUUCUUCCACACUUUGCCUGCCGCUCCUCUUCUUCUUUCUGGACGAACAAGGUAUAGUUCAGCCGGCAGAAACGGCGUCUGCAGAUGCGGACUGCAGCCAAAAAGCUCCAGCAAAGAUCUUAUACAGACACAGCCUAAAAUAAGUCCUCAAAUUGCGGACAAAGGACCUGACACCACAGUCCUGUAUAGCUUUGCAGCUCCUCUAGUCAUCGGAGCCCUUGCAUCAGCAGAUUCUCCGGCGGGGGGGUAUUCGCAAGCAAGCUACUAUACCACUCUCGGCCUUUUUGUGCUCUCUGCUCCCGGCCUUUGGUCGCUCAUCAAACGCUCGACCAAGUCCAAGAUUGUACAGAAGACGUUUGUGGUGGAUGGGCCUGCGAAAGAGGAAGCAAAGCCUCUCGACAGCGUGGCCAGCGAGAUUGCUACCUUCUUCAAGAACAACAAUUACAGCAUUGCAGGGACCGGGGAAGUCAUCACGUUUGAGGGGAACGUCGCGCCCAGCAGAGGCCAGGCAGCGUUCCUGACGUUCUGCGCGGCGCUCGGUCUCUUGAGUAUAGCCCUGGUGCUGAGCAUCGCAGUGCCAGAUGUUGGGGAGAAGUGGUACGGGAUGACUCUGUUGAGCCCCCUCGCGGGCGUUUAUUAUUGGCGUAAGGCUUCCAGGAAGGAGAAGGUCAAGGUCAAGAUGGUGACUAGCGACGACGAAGUGUCGACAGACAUCAUAGUCGAGGGAGACGACGAGGAGAUUGAGAGGUUCCGACGAGAGCUGGACAUGAGGGAAAAGGGGAAAAUAUACGUGAAAGGCCUCUUGGAGAGGUAGAGAGUUGCACGGCUUCUUAGAUCAUGUGAUGUUUCUAGCUUACAUUUCAGGCAAGGAACGGUUCGUCCUUGCGGCCUGAGGAUACAGGUUCGAGUUGUUGCUUUUGCGGGAGUCGACUUGAGGACGUAGCAAGAUUUGGAAGUCGUUCAUGCCCUUGUGCCUUACCAGAUCGAGUUGGUUCUAAUUGAUCUAUUUGUCCGCUUGUGCGACAUUCAAGGGUUUUAGAUGGGGACCAGGAUCACUCAAGUGGUCCACGAUUGAUGAGCACCGAGCCCGUUUCAAAACAGCAUCCAAAGCAUG